AUGACCAACAGCACCGUGGUCAGCGAUCUUCCGCCCCUUCCGGCGUACAGCAUCAAGCCCAUGCCAGACCUCUUCCCCGGAAUCAUCUCCGAUUUCUGGCUGUCUGUCAUCGGCCCACAUGUCGCCUACUGGUUAAUAUCGGGCAUGUUUCACCUCAUCGACGUAUACGACCUAUUCCCACAGUACCGACUGCACACACCGGAGGAGAUCGCCCAGCGCAACCUGGCCUCGCGGUGGCAGGUCGCUCGGGACGUCGUCAUCGAGCAGAUCAUUCAGAUGAUCACCGCCGCCGUGCUCUCGCUGACCGAACCCGCGCAGAUGACGGGUAUGGAGAAUUAUGAAGUUGCCGUCUGGGCUACACGCAUCAGGCUGGCGCAGGGGGCGCUGCCGACGGUGCUUGGGCUGCUCGGACUAAAUGCUGCCGCCAUUUCCAAGAACAUGUCGGCCUCGCAUCCGCUGCUCGCGGGUGCGCUGGCUGGUGGACACUAUCCGUUCUUGACGACGGGCCUGGACGCCGCCUCCUCUGUGCCGGCCUUUGCAACCUGGGAGCUGGUGCUGGCCAAGGCCAUCUACUGGGCUGUCAUUCCUGCUUUCCAGAUGUGGGUUGCGGUGGCUUUCAUGGACUCGUGGCAGUACUUUUGGCAUCGCGCCAUGCACGUCAACAAGUGGAUGUACACUCACUGGCACGCCCGCCACCACCGGCUGUACGUACCCUACGCCUACGGCGCCCUCUACAACCACCCAGUCGAAGGCUUUGUGCUCGACACAGCGGGUGCCGGUCUGGCCUACAAGGUUAGCAUGAUGUCGCCACGCAUGGCCAUCUUUUUCUACAUUUUUAGCACCAUCAAGACGGUUGAUGAUCACUGCGGAUACGCGCUGCCCUUCGAUCCCCUGCAGCACAUCACCAGCAACAACGCCACAUACCACGACAUCCACCACCAGAGUUGGGGCAUCAAGACCAACUUCAGCCAACCCUUCUUCACCAUUUGGGACAAGUGGUUGGGCACCAUGUGGCAGGGCGACACGAGCCUGAAAUACGAGAGGACGAGAGAGAACGCCAGGGCGAAGAGC